GACACGUCAGCUACUGUCCGCUUCUUGCCUAUAAGAUUUACCCGCCAAUUGACCGUUGCCACAGUUAAUAAUCAACUGCAAAACGUGUGGACUGGAGAUAAUCAGAGCAACAUGAGGGCGAUGCUCAAAUAUUUCAUCAUCAUGGGGAUCUUGAUAGAAGCACUAGCUCAGAGUUCAGAAGAAUUUGAGCCUGAACUGCCGUGUUUCGAAACAUUCGCCAGAAAGACUUGGAAAUCCUGCUUCGACGAGGUAAAUAGGUUGGACAAUGACUGCUGGAUUACAGAGCGCAGUGAGCCGGGCUACUGCAAAAACAACCUCAUAUCCUCAGAUGAUCUAUACGAUAUAUAUUUAUGCGCUGGUAAAGAUUUGAAGUGGUUCAUCAGUGGCGUAAAUGAAGCAGCCAACAUUGAAGAAAUAGCAGUGGAAUUCGAGUCGUAUGCUAGUCGUGCCAGCCAAGAGGUCCAAAAGAAAGUUUAUAAUGCCGUAAAAGAAUGUGCGGAACACGGAUGGAUAUUCGGUGAUGACCAACCAACGAGACUCCUGCACUUUACAGAUUGCUGGAUUGGCGAGGAGAAGAAUCGCAAGUUACACGAGGAGGCAUUUUGCGAAAAUGUUGCCUAAUAGUAUUUCAUGUUUAAUGUUUUUCUUUUUCUUUUAUUUGGUGGUGGUAAAUUCUUAAGAAUAGAAUUGUAGUUCAUUGUAUCAGUUUGGAAAAUUCUAGACAAAUAAAACUUAAUUAAUUCGAGA